AAAUGAAUGUCGCGAAGGUCAGCUAAUAGCAAUCAAAGGUUCAGAUAGGUGAAUAAGUAGUGACAUGAUUCUUACCGACAACUUUAGUAGAAGAUAGCUUUAGUUCUUAGUGCAUUCUAGUAAUUCUAGUCAAGUAGAAAGAAUUGGUGUUCUGUGAGGGUGGUGUGUUGUUUACAUUUUGCCGCCGAAAUUACGGCAAAUCAUUAGUGUUUUAUUUUGAUAACUAUGGGAUUGGACAAAGCACCAUGGAGUUUAAUUAGAGUAACAGGAGAUCACCAUGUAAGUGGCAACCAAAUUGAUGAUAGUCAAGUAAGUUCCAGAACCAGUAGAGAGACUGUAAACUCGGGAAAUGCUCUACUAUCGAAAAUAUAUACUAGAAAAAUUCGAUGGAGUGAAGGACAAUACUCCUUAAUAAUUGUAAGUGCAGCAUUAACGGUCUUUGGAUUGGUGCAGAUACUAUUUCCUCCAUUUGAUUUACUGCUAAGUUUACGAAUACGAAUGACCCCUGGUCUUCCAGCAUAUGAUUGGUGGGUGGUGCCGCCAAAAGAUGCCAUAAUUAAAAUAUAUCUUUUUAAUGUUACUAACUCAGAGAGAUUUUUAAACAAGACUGAUAAUAAAUUAAAGUUAGAGGAAGUAGGUCCAAUAGUCUUUAGAGAAAUCCUUGUACAUAAAAAUGUCGUAUUUAACGACAAUGGAACACUUUCCUACACAUCAAAUAGAACUCUUCAGUAUGCACCAGAAAUAAAUCCUGUAAAUUUAUUAAACAAGACUAUCGUGAUGCCAAACGUUGCAGUAUUUUUUCUCGCUUCCUACUUGUACGACGCAACAUUUUUCGUUAGAGUCGGCGUAAAUUUGAUGAUGAGAUCGUUGAAAUCGGAGCUUUUUAAAACCAACACUGUUUACAACUUUUUAUGGAAUAUGACAGAUCCCAUUCUAGAUACAUCUCAGAAGAUCGCACCAUUUUUAGUGCCGUCCAAAAAUGUUGGUAUUUUACAUCAAAUAUAUGAGAAGUAUGAAGAUAAUGUAACCGUCUACAUUGGCCCAACUUUUACUCAAAAGGACUUUUUCCGAAUAGACAAAUAUGAUGGUUCUAAAUUCGUGCCCGGCCUCCGGGAGUGUGAACUUGUUCAGGGAUCCUUUGAUGAUCUCAUGUAUAAUCAAAAAAUGACAAGAAAUAUGACAGUAAGAUUUUAUAGAAAGGAGUUGUGUCGUGUUGCUAAACUGAAAUACGCAAGAGAUAUCGAAAGGUACAGUCUGAACGGUUACAGAUAUGAAAUGGAACCAAACUUUUAUGACAGAAUUUUUCCUGACACCGAAGAUUGCUAUCAUGGCACACCAAGCCUUCCAAAUGGGUUAAUCGAUGUAUCAGCCUGUAAUUACGGUGUUUCAACAGCUGCCAGUCAUCCACAUUUUCUUUAUGGAGAUAAAAUUCUUCGAGAUUCUGUAGAAGGACUAAAACCAGAUAAAGAAAAACAUACAUCUUUUAUAGAAGUUGAACCCAUCACUGGCGUACCUAUCAUAGCUGCAGCACGGUCUCAGGUUAACCUCGUUGUUAAGAAUAUGAAAGGCUUCAGUGAGAGACUUAAUCAAUUUAGUAACUUGAAUAUACCAUUGGCCUGGAUUGAAGUGGUUCAGGAAUCCUUACCCCUAAAGGUUCAGUGGUUGGUAUACAUACAAGUGGUUGUUCUACCCAUAUUUCAAAAAAUAUUAGUAAUAUUUACCUUUCUAUGUGCUUUAUUGACGCUAGGAAUUUUUCUUAGUCGCCGAAGACAACAAACCAAAAACCUUCGCACUACCAGCAACAAAUCUCUUACCUUUGAGACCGAAAAGUUCCUGAAAAGGUAGUGAAUGUUAAAAAAAAAAUAAUUACUACCCAGUUAUAUCAGAACUUUUUUUUUUUUAAAAGAAAAUGAUUAUCCGAAUCUUGCAUAAUUUAUUUUUCUCUGUGUUAAAAGCUUUAACGAAGUUUGUGGUAUUUUUAAAUUUGUUAUUGAUAUUUUAGCAUACUUUUAUAUUAUUAAAUAAAGAUUUGUAAAUGA